GUUGGCAGCGCUGUCGGUUGUACAUCCGGGUCCUGGCCGUUGUUGGUGUUGUUUACGCGCUGGAGGCCGGCGGCAGCGCAGCACCCCAUUUUAGCCGAAAAUACCAUUAAACAGCGGUUUAUGUUUCCGUUCCGAUGUGUGAAUAAAGAUAAAAGAUGCCUAAGUGUUCGGUAAGCGGCGGGCAGGUCCGCUGUGACACAAACUGAACACUUUACCUCAGCACGUCUGUCCUGUUCUACACCUCAGAUCACCUCAGAGCACCUCGUCAUCCUGCUCUUUACACACUUUUACACCAUUUAUCACUGAUUUACACACGCCUGGGAUUCUCGGUCUGUGAGAUGGGUGCAUUCCUGGACAAGCCGAAGAUGGAGAAGCAGAACGUUCACGGUGAGGGGAACGGGCUACGCUAUGGCGUGAGCAGCAUGCAGGGCUGGCGUGUGGAGAUGGAGGACGCUCACACAGCUGUCAUCGGCCUCCCGCAUGGCCUCGAGCCCUGGUCCUUCUUCGCCGUGUACGACGGCCACGCCGGAUCGCAGGUCGCCCGCUACUGCUGCGAACACCUGCUUGAGCACAUUACCAGCAACCCCGACUUCCAGGGCAGUGGUGGAGGAGCGGAGGAGCCGAGCGUGGAGCACGUGACGUCAGGGAUCAGGACCGGCUUCCUGCAGAUCGACGAACACAUGCGGGAAAUGUCUGAAAGGAACCGGAGCGGCUCGACGGCGGUGGGAGCCAUGAUCUCACCGCGACGCAUCUUCUUAAUCAACUGCGGAGACUCCCGAGGGCUGCUGAGCCGCGCCGGCGCCGUGCACUUCUCCACACAGGACCACAAACCCAGCAACCCACUAGAGAAACAGCGCAUCCAGAACGCAGGAGGUUCCGUCAUGAUCCAGCGUGUGAACGGCUCUCUCGCCGUGUCCAGAGCUUUGGGAGAUUUUGACUACAAGUGCGUGAGUGGGAAAGGCCCCACGGAGCAGCUCGUUUCCCCCGAGCCCGAGAUUUACGCCAUCGAGCGCUCCGAGGCUGAGGACGAGUUCAUCGUUCUGGCCUGUGACGGCAUCUGGGACGUGAUGACCAACGAGGAGCUGUGUGACUUUGUACGCUCGAGACUGCAGGUCACCGAUGACCUGGAGAGGGUGUGUAACGAGAUUGUCGACACCUGUCUGUACAAGGGAAGCAGAGACAACAUGAGUGUGGUGUUGGUGUGUUUCAGCGGCGCACCGAAGGUUUCGCCAGAAGCCGUGAAGAGAGAAACAGAACUCGACAAAUACCUGGAGAAUCGAGUAGAAGAGAUCCUGAAGAAGCAGAACGAUGACGGAGUACCAGACCUCGUGCACGUGAUGCGAACGCUGACAUCAGAAAGCAUCCCUAACUUACCGCCCGGAGGAGAGCUGGCCAGCAAGCGAAGCGUUAUUGAAGCAGUAUAUAACAAACUCAACCCCUACAGGAAUGAGGACACAGACUCUGCGUCCGCCGACGACGUGUGGUAGCGUUUUACAACACACACAUCUUCCCCACGUCGCUCCAGCUUCAUGCACACACACACACACACACACACACACACACACACACACACACACAGUGGAACCGAUGGGACGCCGGCCGAAGAGGUGGAACGAGGGAAUCAUCCCUUUACACUCAGCUACACUCACAACGGGACAUUUUAUUCCUCCUUUUUAUUUUUUCCUGUUGUUGUUGUUGUUGUUUUUGUUUUUUGUUCGGGGGAGGGGGGGCUGUAAUUAAUUUGAUUCACAUCAAGAUGUGUGUUUGUAUAUUUGUUUUUAAAGUGCAAUUGUUAAAAAAAAAAAAAAAAGUCCGUAUCAAAUGCAGCUCGAUAUUAAAUGUACAAAAAAAAACUAAACAUUAUAAAAAGAGAAAAAAAGAAAAAGAGGAAAUCUUUAUGCACUAUCUGCCUUGUCCUAGGAAAUGUCCACUCUUCAGCUUAAUUCCCUACAUUUCCAUCAGGCGUGUGCCGGCGCCGGCUUUUACAUGGCGAUAUUCGGCGCUGCCACGAUGUUAGAACAGGAACCUGAGGAACCUGAGACUCUGGACAGAAACAACAGAACACACACAAAACCCACCACCCCAUCUAACACAAAUCAGUCGUCUUCCCACAAAGUAAACACGACGGCACGCGGCUGCUUAAGGUUUUAAGUGUUUGACUGUAAAUUUGUCAGUCGAGUUGUUUUACCCGAUGGUGGCGCCGGAGUGCGGCCCGUUCUGCCGGAGUCUCACGUUCACGCGGUCUGCCGUUCGUCUCUACUUCCGGUCGCUCUGGUUGUUUCGGAAACUCUUCGCUCCUCGUCUCUAUAUGAUCUGCUUCAGUCGCACUGCGUGUCCUGAAUAUCGCGGUGUAUCGUGUCACCGAUCCUCGGCACACGCCCGAUUUUUUUUUUUUUCCUGCUCCUUUGAUGAAACGGGUAAACGAUAACGGCUUACAGCGCAGAGAGCUUUUUACUUUUCUUUUUUUUUUAAGGAUCCAUUUGUUUUCUUUGGAUGUUUUUUCUUGAUUGGCACAUAGGACACAUUGCUUCAGAGAGUGUGUGUGUAUGCGUGUGUGUGUAUGCGUGUGUGCGUGUGUGUAUGUAUAUGCGUGUGUGUCUGUAUGUGUGUGUACAUGUGUGUGUGUGUUUGUGCGCAUGUGUGUCUGUUUGCGUGUAUGUGUGUGUGUGUGUCUGUAUGUGUGUGUACAUGUCUGUUUGGGUGUGUGUGUAUGUGUGCAUGUGUCUGUAUGUGUAUGUGUGCGUGUGUGUGUCUGUAUGUGUGUGUGUGUGUGUCUGUGUGUGUGCGCGUGUGUCUGUAUGUGUGUGUGUAUAUGUGUAUGUGCAUGAGUGUGUGUGUGCGUGUGUGUCUGUGCGCAUGUGUGUGUGCGCUCGUGUGUGUGUGUGUGUGUGUGUGUGUGUGUGUGUGUGUGUGUGUGUGUGUGUGUGUGUGUUUAAUUUCCCUUCAGUUCCACAGAGCACUGUUUCAUUGUUGAUCUUUUACGUUUUUUCCUCAGAAAUGUUUGUGUAUUUUUUAUUAGAACAGAUUGUGUAAUUUCUCUCUGCUGUGUUCCAAUCUCAUGUCGGUGCCCUUGUUCCCUUCCCCUUAGUGUGGUACCCGAAGUGUGUGACGAUCAGCUCGGCAUGACUCAGUGUAUUACUGUGUAAUAAACCUGUAAUUACAUAAUAAACUGCAGCGUAAAGACCACGACGACGACGAUCACACUGAUGGUGUGACAUAAAUAAGCCACACCCACAAUCAUACACACGACCACGGAGCCGUGAACAAAACCCAGCAGAAGCACGAAGGAGGUGUAGGACGUCUCCCGUCGCCGCUCAGAGUCUUUAUGGUGUUAAUUAACAUGAAUAAAUAAUAAACAGCUCGUUAUGUAACAGAUGAAGUAGAAAUUCUGCUCCUGGAGCUCCUUUCAGAUGGGGCACAGAGGAGCGGAGGUUCCAGGGGAAGUGACCAAGGGUACAUUAAAAAAAGGGAUUGGAACACA